UACUUGGCGCGAACCCUGAUCAGUCGAGUUGCGGCGGCCGUACCUGUCGCAACACAAUAAUGCAUCGUACCAUAACAAACUGAAACCGGUUGUCCUUUUUCGCAUCUUUCGUUGCUUCGCGUUCUCAUUUACCUUAACCUUGUUUCGUGCUUGCAUCGUGUGGCUUACAUAUUUUUUUUCUUUUUGACACACCACUUUCAGGUGAAUUCUUCAUCUUUCUUUGUCUGUUUCCCCAUCUCAUUCUUUGGUGUGUACAGAAGUGACCAGAAUGUCGCACGAUAAUUUGGGAUUUACCUCGAGUACAGAUACUUUGGAUACCAACAGAUGGUCGUCUUCUAGGAGCAAUCAAAAUGGUUACGAUCCAACCCACAACAAGUCCAAUAUCUACGUGUUGGAACUGGAGGAGAAGAAAAAGAGCGUGCAGGAGUACGAGGAGGAUUACAAUCCUUACGAGCACAGGAUGGUCGCCCAUCCAACCACGAGCUUCGAGACGUUGCUGCAUCUGCUUAAAGGCAGCUUAGGAACCGGAAUACUCGCGAUGCCAAGGGCUUUCUACCACGCUGGCUACGGUAUUGGCACGAUCGCGACCAUAAUCAUAGGUUUAUUCUGUACUUACUGUAUGCGGAUACUCGUCAGCUCCGAGUACGAGCUUUGCAAGAGGAAGAGGGUGGCUUCGUUGUCUUAUCCGGCUACGGCAGAGGCUGCGCUGGCCGUUGGUCCAUUGCCGUUCAGGCGAUUCUCAAGGGCGUCCGUUCACACGAUAAACCUAUUCCUUAUGGUAUAUCAAUUGGGAACUUGCUGCGUCUAUACAGUAUUCAUCGCAACGAAUUUGAAAAUGGCAUUGAAAACGUAUGUUUCAGAUAUCGAUCUCAGGCUGUACAUGCUAGCAAUCUUGCUGCCCCUGAUCUUGGUCAAUUGGAUCAGAAAUCUAAAAUUCUUGGCGCCGUGCUCCACGGUCGCUAAUUUCAUUACGUUCAUCGGUUUUGGCAUAAUACUGUACUAUAUAUUUAGGGAACCUUUAUCAUUUGAAAAUCGCGAUGUGAUCGGGAACGUUGAAAACUUUCCCCUUUACUUUGGCACCGUGCUGUUCGCUCUCGAGGCUAUUGGCGUGAUCAUGCCACUGGAGAACGAAAUGAAGAAGCCAAAGGUGUUCAUGAAGACUUUUGGCGUGUUGAACAUAGGGAUGGGCGUGAUAGUUGCCCUUUACACAGGGAUGGGUUUCUUCGGCUACAUUCGUUACGGCGGGGCCAUCGAGGGUAGCAUCACCUUCAGUUUGGGGGAACCGCUUGCUCUGGCCAAUGCUGUUCAAAUCUUGCUUGCCAUAGCCAUCUUUUUCACCCAUCCUAUCCAGUGCUACGUCGCGAUCGACAUCAUUUGGAACGAGUAUAUCGCCCCAAAUCUCGAGAAGAAUUCGCACAAAUUAUUGUGGGAAUACGUCGUGAGGACCAGCCUCGUCCUUCUCACGUUCCUGUUGGCCGUGGCGAUCCCCCAAUUGGACCUCUUCAUAUCGCUGUUCGGUGCCCUGUGUCUCUCCGGCCUGGGAUUGGCGUUCCCCGCGAUCAUCCAGAUCUGCACAUUUUGGACGGUGUGCGACAGAACGGAGAGGUCAAUAAUGGUCGCGAAGAACAUGUCUUUGGUACUUUUCGGGAUUCUCGGUCUGAUAGUUGGCACCUACACCAGCCUUCGUGACAUCAUCAAGACCUUCUCAUGAACCGUGCACCUUGAAGGUGGUGUACUGAAAGGGUCGAUGAGGGGAGGGUCGAUGCAGCGGUGUAGGACGACAAGAAAGGGAGGAGGAGCAAGGAGAAGAGAAAGGGAGA